UUCUGCUGCGGAAGAGGGAUGCAAAGGAGAUGGCUGAACUUAGAUAGCCCUGUGUGUGGAAAUAUCUUCACCAUGGACCUUCUCCGGAGGAAAGAGGCGAGCGGAGGGCGACUGCUCGUCCUCGCAGUAGUGUUGGGGUGGUGUUUAGGGUCUGUGAGCUGUUUCGGACAGAGCCUAGACAGCGAGUUUACGUUUCUGCUGCAAGCCGGAAGAUCCGAGUGUUUCUUUCAGACAGCAGUAAAGAAUGGUACGAUGGAGGUCGAAUAUCAGGUGAUAGCAGGUGCUGGUAUGGAUGUUGACUUCACCGUCAUCUCUCCAGAAGGCAGCCAGCUUGUAUUUGAGUCUCGACGCUCUGACGGAGUCCACGUGGUGGAGCCCACGGUGGAGGGAGACUAUGAAAUCUGUUUUGACAACAGCUUCAGUCGCUUCUCAGAGAAGAUGGUGUUCUUUGAGAUCAUCAUCGAGGGUCAGGGAGGAGAUGUGGGUGGAGAUGAAGAGUGGCCGGGAUUAGACGAGCCUGAUGGAAGCCUUCUGGAGUACAAGCUGGAGGACAUCCGGGAGUCCAUGGACUCUCUGCACAGACGCUUGGAGCGCAGCCGGCAGAUGCAGACUGUGUUGCGGGCUUUUGAGGCACGGGACCGAAAUCUUUUGGAAGACAACCUGUGGAGGGUCUCAUUCUGGUCCUGCGCCAGUGUGCUGGUGAUGUUGUGUGUGGCUCUUACCCAGGUCUACACUGUCCGUAAACUGUUUGACGACAAGCGGAGGGUCUGCACAUAAAGGGAUUAUUUCGUCACAAUUAAAGACAGCCUUUGAAGAAGAACAAUCCAGUACAAGAUGUCCAGCUGGUUACCCGUUCAGAUUAUGCUCCAAUAUCUUUUCUUUGGUCUGUGUGAACACCAGCAUUCAACACCAGUUUCAGUGGAUCUUAUUUUAUUUCCAAAAUCUCAUUUAAAUCAGUUUGUGAGCAAUAAUAACAUACUAUGAAGUCAUGAAGGGUAACCAGAUGAGGAAGAUAAACUUGGUUAUUUCAUUUCAUUAGUGCCUUUAAUGCCAAAUCUCACCACAAACCAAUGAGGAAAUGCAUUUUAAAGGCACUGCCCGCAUAGAACGAUAACCGUUGUAGUAUAGGUGUCCUUUGUUUCUGAAACUGACAAGAGGUUUUAGGAAUUUUUCAUUAAAUGUUAAAUUAUUGUUGCUAAAGGUUAAAGGUCGGUUAAAUGACACACCUGAAAAACUGAUCCACAGAACUCCGAGUCUGCUGGUUUACAAGGGAGAACAGUGUGCAAUAGUGUUGUUGGUGUAUUUUUCCUGACAGUUAAAAGGGGACCUAUUGUGCUUUUCUUUAUGGUCAUAGCUCCAGGUAUGCUACAGCAAGUGUUUACAUUACCCAAUGCUACAUGUAGCUACAUGCUUACAUCAGGCUGACAUGUAAGCUUGGGCACUAAUGUUGUUCGUAUCCUCUGAUUUCGGAUCAAAUUCCUGCUGGAACGUGUCCGGUUGUAUUUAGAAGCUUUUAUUGGUGGCUUUUCAUGGUAGAAAGUGCUGCUUUUCUCUGUUAGCUGCUACAUGUAGCUACACCCUAACGUCAGAAAACAUGUAAUCUUGGUUACUGACGUUAAUUUCUCCCUGAUUUCAGAUCAUUUUCUUGCUUGAGCAGGUUUGGUUGAUUUGGUUAUGGUGAUUUUUCAUGGCAGAAAAUACAGACACAGAAACACUGACCAGUCAGAGCAGACAUGGCUUUUUUGGGAGGCAGGCUUAAGAGACAGGAGCCAAACAUAGCGUUUCAGACAGAGGGUGAAUACAAGUGUUCCAGCAUAGACAGUGUGAGGAAAAUAAAGUGUUGCUUGACUAUCAAAGCGUGUAAACAUGUUUUAAUAAAGGCCCAAAAUGCAAAUAUGAACCUGGAAACAAGCACAAUAGGUCCCUUUUAAGAUCUUUCCUUUAAAUCAGUGAUUUGUCCAACUGACCGGGUGUUUCCUUGGUUACACCCGUGUUAAUGCUGAGGUUUUUUUUUUUUGAGAUGUUACUGACUUCUUUUCGCGUGCCAGUUCAAGUCCAUGCUGACAAAUAAGAAUGUAGAAUAAGAAGGAGAUGUGAUUUGCAGUGUGAUUGCCAGUAAUGUACAAUAUGUCAGUACUCUUCCAGAUAAAUACGUAUGUGUAUGUCAGUUCAGACAUGUAUCAGGAUAAUUCAGUGUGAAGGUACUGAUUGUUAGAUGUGUGUUUGUGUGAUUCUGGCUUCGAUCUUCGACAUGAUCAGCUUUCUUUAUUUUUCAGAUGUAUGUUUGUGAUAACAGAAUGUGAUAUUUCGAUUCUGCUCAGCCACUGAGUGUGUUUUUUUUUAAAAGUAAGAACAGGCAUUCAUUUCAUGUUCUAUAGAGUAAGUAAAAUCAGGUUUACAUGGGAGUCAUUGAUAUUAAUAAAUGCAUUUUUUACACAGGAAA